UUCCCGCCGCCAUUGGGGAGCCUGAGCUACAGGUUCGUAGCCUGCUGUGGCCGGGCCUCGCCGCAGCCUCUGGACGCCGCGCAGGAUGGUUUAGCUUCUCAUCUUUGUCCUGUUGUAGGCUGUUUUCUGUGUAUUGGUCAAAAGGCCAUGUAGAUAACUUGUCCUUUGAAGACCACUUUUACAGUAUCUGAUAAGACAGCUGCCCGUGGCUAUUCAUCAUAGCCACCAUGGACGGAAGAUUUUUGAGAUGGAGCCUCUGAAGUUACCUAGUUUUACUGAAUGAACACUACAUUCUGAGAAAAACAAUAAAACCAGAACAAACAGGACACCAUUCAUACAGUGUUUAAAGAGCACAGGCGUUGCUGGGACGAGGAAAGAUGGAAGUGUUCCAGGAGCUGCGCCGGCCAUCAGUGCGUUUGGACUGUGACCACUGCAGUUUCAGAGGCACAGAUUAUGAGAAUGUGCAGAUCCACAUGGGCACCGUACACCCGGAGUUCUGUGAUGAGAUGGAUGCUGGGGGAUUAGGUAAAAUGAUAUUUUACCAGAAAAGUGCAAAGCUUUUUCACUGCCAUAAAUGUUUUUUUACCAGCAAGAUGUAUUCCAAUGUAUAUCAUCAUAUCACAUCCAAACAUGCAGCUCCAGAGAAAUGGAACGAUAAACCAAAAAACCAGUUAAACAAAGAAACAGAUCCUAUGAAUAGCCCUUCUGUUCCUGAACACCAGAAAAUACCCAGUAACUCAGCAGAACUGAAGCAGGUACCUCUACUCUCUACAGAAACACAAAAACUUGGUCCAGUUCUUUCUCCAGAGUCUCCAAUACCUGUUCCUCUUACCCCCCUGGAGCUUCAGAAAACUGACCUUGUUGUUUCUUCUGAGCCUCAGACACCUUCUCUUCCUCCUGAGCCUCUGAAACCUGCUCUUAUUUCUUCUCCUGAACUUCCAAAACCAGCCCCUACUGCUUCUGAAUUACAGAAGCCUCUUCCUUCUCCAGAGCCACAGAAACCUGCACCUUUAUCUCCUGAGCCGGUGAAGGCUGGUCUUCCUAACCCCAAGCCCCAGAAACAGUCUCCUUUCACAGAUACAGGAGGGGCACCGUCAGCCUCAUCUCCAGAGUCACCGGUUCUGUCUACUUCUCCUGAGCCCUGGGGGCCAUCCCCAGCUGCAUCGCCAGAAUCUCGUAAGCCACCCCGGACUGUCUCCCCUGAGCCAAGGAAGCUAUCCCCCUCAGUGUCUCCUGAACCUUGGAAGCCAUUCCCUGCUGUAUCCCCAGAGCCCCGGAGACCAGCCUCAGCUGUUUCACCAGGUUCUUGGAAGCCAGGCCCACCUGGAUCCCCAAGGCCUUGGAAGUCAAGUCCUGCAUCAUCAGGUCCUUGGAAGCCAACUAAACCUGCUCCAUCCGUAUCUCCUGGACCUUGGAAGCCAAUUCCUUCUCUAUCACCUGGACCCUGGAAACCAGCUUCAUCUGUUUCCCCUGCAUCCUGGAAGUCGUCUUCAGUCUCAUCAGGUUCCUGGAAAACUCCCCCAACAUCUCCAGAGUCAUGGAAGUCUGGCCCACCUGAGCUUCGAAAGACAACUCCUACCCUGUCACCAGAACAUUGGAAAGCAGUUCCCCCAGUUUCCCCUGAGAUUCGCAAACCAGGCCCACCACUUUCCCCAGAGCUCCGCAGCCCUGCAGGCUCUCCAGAGCUUAGGAAGCCCUCAGGGUCGCCAGAUCUUUGGAAGCUUUCUCCUGAUCAUCGGAAAACUUCUCCUGCCUCUCUGGAUUUUUCUGAGUCCCAGAAGAGUUCCCGUGGCGGCUCUCCUGAUCUCUGGAAGUCUUCCUUUAUCAUGGAAUCUCAGAAACCUGUCUUCCCUGAGACCCGGAAAUCAGGUCCUUCUGGUCCAUCAGAGUCCCCCAAAGCAGCCUCAGAUAUCUGGAAACCUGUUCCUUGUAUUGAUGCGGAGCCUAGAAAAUCUAUGUUGUUUCCUGAGCCCACCAAAACUGCCCCUCCUGCUUCUCCUGAGCCCCGAAAACGUGUGCUUUUCCCAGAGCCCCGGAAGCAUUCUCUUUUUUCUGAGUUCCCCAAAUCUACUGUAUUCUCAGAGUCUCAGAAGACAGCUGAGCUUGGUGAUGAACUACAGAUAGAUGCCAUAGGAGACCCAAAAUGUGAUAUUUUGGUUCAAGAAGAGCUUUUGGCAACACCAAAGAAGCUUUUAGAAGAUUCUCUGUUUCCUCCUCCCAAGAAAAUUAAGAAGGACAGCCAGGAGCACUCUGAUGCCGAGCUGAGCAGCAGUGAGUACAUCAGAACAGACUUGGAUGCCAUAGAUAUUAAGGGCCAAGAGUCCAGCAGUGAUCAAGAGCAGGUAGAUGUAGAAUCUAUUGAUUUUGGCAAAGAGAACAAAAUGGACAUGAGCAGUCCAGAGCAGUCCAAACAUGUGCUACAGUUCAAUGAAGAAAAAGAAGCAUUUAUUUCUGAAGAGGAGAUUGCCAAAUAUAUGAAGCGUGGAAAAGGAAAGUAUUAUUGCAAAAUUUGUUGCUGUCGUGCUAUGAAAAAAGGUGCUGUUUUGCAUCAUUUGGUCAAUAAGCAUAAUGUUCACAGCCCUUACAAGUGCACAAUUUGUGGAAAGGCAUUUCUUUUGGAGUCUCUUCUUAAAAAUCAUGUAGCAGCCCAUGGGCAAAGUUUACUUAAAUGUCCACGCUGUAAUUUUGAAUCAAAUUUCCCAAGAGGCUUCAAGAAACAUUUAACUCAUUGUCAAAGCCGGCAUAACGAAGAGGCAAAUAAAAAGCUGAUGGAAGCUUUUGAAUCGUCUCUGGAGGAUCAGCAGAUUUGAUUUAUUUUUAUUUUUUGGGUACCGGGAAUCCCAGGCAGGUGCUGUGCCACUGAGUUAAGCCCCCGGCCCUCUUGAUUUUAAAAUGUAGUGAAUACUUGCUCUAUGGUAUUGUUUGCUGAGAGCAUAGCUUGUUAUGUAGCCUGGUUGGAUUAGUAAGUGGUAGUGUGUGUGGUGUACCAUGCUUGUCUCAUAGUGUUAUAAAACAUAAGCAUUUGAUUAUUUUUUCAUGGUCUCUUAUAUGACUGUCUUGUAAAUCAAUAAAAUUUUAAUGUAUAUUCCAGAUGGAUAAAACUUCUCAUUUCUUUGAAGUAUAUUUGAGUAGAAUUACAGAGGGGUAGGUAUUCCAUUUAAUAAAUGAGCAACUUCUAAACAUCUAGUUAAAAUGUGUGUGUGUGUGUGUGUGUGUGUCUGAUUUCAUACAAUAGAAAUUAUUAGGUGGGCUGGGAAUAUAGCCCUCAGUGGUAGAGCACUUAGCUACCAUGUGUGAAGCCCCUGAUUUUGAUCCUUGCACCAGGAAAAAAAUGGAAUGUUUUAAGAAUUCCAAAUAAUAGUAAACUUGAGAAACAUUUUGUUGCCUACCAAGUUAUUUUCUGUUUGACCGUGUAAAAUUAGCCUAUAAAUCUUUAUUUGCUUUCAUGUCAUAGAAAGCUGGAAUUUCAGGGUCACUGAUUUUCUGUUAAUGGGAAAUUGAGUUAAGUCUGGAAAGUAGUUUGUAGUCUCUUACCAGAGGCUGAGGGGAGGAUUAGUUCAGUGGGGUACUUGUACGUUAUUUCCAGCGGAGUCUUCCAUUUGGUGUCUUACCCUUCGCAGCCCUGCCAGCUCAUACCAACAGAUGAUCAUUAGCUGCCAAGUAUGUUUGUCUGGGCUUGCGCACCUCCUAUUGUGGUUUAAGAUCUUGGUAAUGCAUAGGAGCUGAAAGUCUUCCAAAUUCAUGGUAAAAUUUUUUUAUAAAUGAACAUUUCUGUUUAAGAAGUAGCAGUUUUGUUUUCCACAGUUCUGUUACUGUACAUACCUUGUGCCUCUUCAUGGGUGAUUUUAUUCUGAGAUACUUUGUCAAAUGUAUAUAAACCACAUUAAAAAAGCUUUGAAUGUC